UCCACCUCUCUCUCUCUCUCUUAUCAACAGAAAGAAAGACAUCUUUUCUGCGUCCAUCUUCUCCCAGAAAAUCGAACGUUGGAGCGAACAACCAUCGACACAGAGAGAUCGAACAACAGGCGCAACCUCGGACGGCGGAGUGCGCGAGAUCAUUGACCCAAAACGAUGUCUUGUUCAGUCGCAGUUGCCAAUUCUCCAGUUUUCUCCCCGUCGAGAGUCAUUUCGACCUCUCUCUUCUGCAACAAGGCUUCCAUCCUCUCUUCCUCCCCCGAUUCCCUUUCUCUAUCUCUCACUCACCUCAAGCCCUCCCCUCCUCCUUCUUCUUCCCCUUCCUCCUCGUCGCCGUCGUCGCCUUUCCGGCUCCGGCUCCAGAAACCGCCGACUGGCCUCUCCAACUCCUCCUUUUCGUCUUCUACUUCUAAUCCGGUCUCGAUUUCGGGGUCGGGUGCGUCGCCAACGAUUUUGAAGCGGAAGAGGCCUGCGAGGCUGGACAUACCGGUGGCGGCGCUGAGUUUUGGGGUUCCGGCCACCCCGGCCACGGAUACUUUGGCGGAGGAGAGAGAGGAGUAUGGGUACUCUGUUUAUUGCAAGAGAGGGAGGAGGGAAGCUAUGGAGGAUCGGUAUUCUGCUUCGGUCGCUAUCCAUGGAGAUAGCAAGCAGGCGUUGUUUGGUGUAUUUGAUGGGCAUGGAGGUGCAAUGGCUGCAGAAUUUGCCGCUGAGAACUUGAAUAAGAAUAUUAUAGAUGAAGUGAUGAGAAGAGACGAGGAUGAAACGGAGACGGCUGUGAAGCAUGGUUACCUGAAGACCGAUUUGGAUUUUCUGAAUAAGGAAUCACGAGGCGGCUCAUGCUGUGUAACUGCCUUGAUUAGAAGGGGCAACCUCUUCGUGUCUAAUGCUGGAGAUUGUCGAGCUGUUGUUUGUAGAGCUGGCACUGCAGAGGCUCUCACAUCUGAUCACAGGCCUUGUAGGGAAGAUGAAAAGGAACGCAUCGAGGCAGAGGGUGGGUAUGUUGAUAUUUACCAUGGAGUCUGGAGAAUUCAGGGUUCUCUUGCUGUGUCCCGGGGAAUUGGAGAUCGGCAUUUUAAAAAGUGGGUAACAGCUGAGCCGGAGACAAACAUGUUAAAAAUUGAAGCUGAGCAUGAGUUCCUGAUUCUUGCGUCUGAUGGCUUAUGGGAGAAGGUCAGUAACCAGGAAGCUGUAGAUAUUGCUCGGCCUUUAUGUAUGGGUACCGACAGGCCCGAACCAAUGCUUGCAUGUAGGAAGCUUGCCGACCUCUCUGCUUCCCGUGGCUCUUACGAUGACAUAAGUGUAAUGCUGAUUCAAUUGGGUCGGUACAUGUGAUGGCUUACUACAUAGUUAUGACCGAGAGAUUGGACUAGUAUUUGAUGUUAGAUUUGCCUAACUGUUGCUGGAGCUGAUUAGGCUUCUGGACAAGAUGAUACUCUUCUUCAUGUUGCUCAGCUCCAGUGGCGACAUUGUUGAUGACGAUGGCUUACAGUGCCUUCAUUUAGGCUUCUGCUACUCUGAUAUAGUGCCUUCAUUUUAACCAUUCUUUUAGGGAUUUUUACGACCCCUUACAUCAGUGAUAGGAUUUAUCUGACGAGUACAGCAUUCUAUUCAUUCUUUACAUGUAUAAAGAUACCGCGUCGCAGAUUUAUAUAAAAUUAAGUUCUUUU